GAUAAAGACUCGUUACUAUUGACAACCGGUAGUGCAGAGCGGAAACUCAGUCUGCUGCAGCUGAAGUGCACUGCAAACUGCGUGUGGAAAGUCGUAUCUUUAGGUGCCAGCGCUAUUUAUCUGAAUCAAAGUUUACGAACGAUGAAGUGGCAGCUGCUUUUGUCCAGCGUUUUCAUCACUCUGUGCCCUGCCUGCCUGGGAACAGAGCACUAUGUGGAUGGAGAACAUAAUGUUGAUUAUGACAGAGAAGCUUUCUUUGGAGAUGAGGAGGAUCUUGAAGAAUUUGCACAUCUUAGUCCAGAAGAGCAAAAAAAGAGACUCAUUGCUAUUGUAAAGAAAAUUGACAGUAAUUCAGAUGGUUUUAUUUCCGAGGAUGAGCUGAGCACAUGGAUUCAAAUGUCAUUUAGACAUUAUGCAACUGAAGAAACAGUAAGCCAAUUUCCAAAAUAUGAUCUCAACCAAGAUGGCAUUGUUUCAUGGGAGGAAUAUAAUAUUCACAUGUAUAAUCAAGUAUUAAAUUUUGAUGAAAAUACUGUGCUGAAGGAUCCAGAAGAAGAAUCCUUUAGAUUGCUCCAUUUGAAAGAAAAGAAACGUUUUGAAAAGGCAAAUGUAGAUGAAAUUCCUGGCCUAAAUUUAACAGAAUUUGUUGCAUUUGAAAACCCUACUGAGGUGGAUUAUAUGAUGGACUAUGUCAUUCAGGAUGCAUUAGAAGAGCAUGAUAAAGAUGGGGAUGGUUUUAUUAGUCUAAAUGAAUUUCUUGGUGACUAUCGCAGAGAUCCAGGUGCAGACCAUGAUGCUGAAUGGGCAAUUGUAGAGAGAGAACGCUUUGAAAAUGUUUAUGAUAAAAAUAAAGAUGGAAAGCUUAAUAAUGAAGAGCUGCUUAAUUGGAUGGUGCCUAACAAUUUAGACUCGGCCACAGAGGAGGCAUUUCAUCUCAUCAAGGAGAUGGAUCUUAAUGAUGAUGGAAAGCUAACAGAAGCUGAAAUCUUGAACAACCAGGAACUCUUUAUUAGCAGUGAAGCCACCGACUACGGCAGGCAGUUGCAUGAUAAACGGCUUUUUCAUGAUGAACUGUGAUAGUCAAUGGUAAAUAGUCAAAAAUGAUUUGUUUUUGACUUGAUUUCAAGUCUGCCUUAGAUAAUUCAAAAAUUACACUAAUGUGUAUGCCAAGAUUUUACAACCUCAUCCUGAUACAAACACUUUGAACAAUGGGAAAGAAAUGUUACAGAUUUUAAUAGUGUUUUUUUUUUUUUCUCUAAAUUAAUUUAGACAUUUCUUUUGAAGUGGUCCCAUAUAUUUCUUGUGCCAAUGAUGUUUUAUUUGACCUGUGUUUAUCAUACUAACAUCUGACAGUAAAAAUGCCACUCAUAUUGUGUGUGUUUAUAAAAGUUAUAUAGAGGUUUUCAAAGUUUAAUUAUGUUAAGUAUAUUAAUAAGCAUUUCUGUAGAAUUUGUAUAAAUAUGUAUAUAAGAACAAUAUCUGAUGCCUGUUAAUGAUUUGUCUCUUAAAGGAAAAUGCAACAGUCCAUAUUUUCUAACAACAGCAACACUCAGGAUUGUGACAAUUCAUGCACAUCUUUCUUGUUGGCCACGUUCUUGGCUUUAACCCUUUGAGCGCAGUGUAGAUUUUCUCUCAGACAUUCUUUGUGUUUCACUACAAAUUCCCAAACAAUCUCAGCCUGUUUCUACUUAUGACAUCUCUACACCUAUCUACACAUUUCUUCCUCUCCAUUAAACUCCAUGUAUGCACCAGAUUUUUUAUUUUCAUAUUUUCCAGCCUUGUCUUGUGCACCUCUUUCAUCAGGCACAUCUCACUUUUGUACCCGAUUUAGUCCCUGACACAGUUUUCGCACAUUUUACCAGAGAGGUUCCAUACACAUUUCUCUUGUGCUAAAACACCAUAGUCUGAAUAGAGUAAAAUAACAUGAAGUAAAACAAAAAACAAAUUGUUGCUUUUUGCUAAUUUGAUUUUGACAUGUCAUUUAAGUCUGAGAACGUUCUACUACCCCCCCUCCCCAUAAAAAUAUUUUCUUCAUCUAAAAAAAAAAAUAAAACUGAUUCCUUGAAUUCAUUAUUUCAUCUAAUUUAAAACAACAUUAUCAUACAAAGGUAUUUUGUAUGCACAAUUUUAUGUUAAGUAAAGAGUGUUACUCUAAAUUUGGCCACAGUUACAAUUAGUCAUAGAAUGUGUGGCCCUUGGCUAUUUGCUUGUCAUUUUCCUGUUGAAAUAAAUAGAAGAAAAAAAAUGCUUAUUUUCUGUUCAUUAAUUAAGAUAUGUCAAGUUUUGGAAUUAGAUCUGGGUACUGUGAAGAUUUCUGUGCAGAUAAUUUACCUGCAUGUAUCUGCAAUACCUUUUGACUUUUAUGCUUAUAUAUACUAGAUGAAUUUGAUUCCUACUGUAAGUCAUUGUCUGAGUAGUACUGUAUAUACAGUAUUUAAGGAAAAAGAGUUCUGUUUUAAGUGCUUACAGUAGGUGUACGUUGACAUUUCAGUAAGUUUCAGAUUCUUUUUUUUUUUUUUUCCACUAUUACGUUUUUUUUUUUUUAAUGUACACAGUAGGUGGUUUCAGUAUUACACCUUGUAGUUAACAGGCUUCACCACUAGAGGGUAGACCAACAUAAGCUAAGCUUUGUGAUAGAGUACAGUAAAAUGGCAAAACAUUUACUGCCUACAUUAAAAUGUAUGUAUUUUUUCAAUAAAGUCAGUAAUAUGGAGAGUC